CCACAAAGCAAAACAAAAACAAACUAUCAACUUCAAUCAUCGUAAUUUUUAUAGUUAAGACUUUAGACUAAAUAAGUAAAAGCACUUCAAAUAACUAACCAGAAAAAAAUGGAAAAUUAACAACAAAUAGAAAAAUAUCCCAAAAUUAAAUAGACACAUGACCUGACCCCACCAGCUCUCUCUUCUCUCCCCAUAUAUCGCAUUCCCUCCAACUCCUUCCUCUUCCAUUAAUUACUAAACCCAAACCCAACCAAAGAUCUUCACAAAGAAAAAAACAAUUGGUGGUAUCAAUGGGGAAGAAGAAGAUGAAACUCUCUUCUCUGUUCAAAGGCGGAGCCGGAGGAUUACUAGCGGUUCCUCUCUGUUACAAUGCCAAAACUCUUUCGUUCCGAGUCGGCGACGACAUGAUCAAGACGGUGAACUCUGUUUUCUUCGACCACCACCACAACAACAACAAUGGAGGAGAUUUGUUGGAAGCGGAGACGCCUGAGUCAUGGUUUACUAACUCGUCCGAGACAGCGAGUCACUCAACCGAGUCGGAUCAAGACCUUGACGCUGAGUCCUUAGAGAUGGUGGUUCGUGGCGUUGUUAGAUCGGAGCGGUUAUUCUUCGAUCCAGGAGUUACGAGUUCGAUUCUGGAAGAGAUUGAAGAGAAAUCGAAAUCGGAUUUGAAAUCGAAGGAAACGGUUGCGGUGGGAGAAGAUCGGAGUACGCCGAUUGAGGAGAUUAGUGUCGCGGUGGCGAUGGAAUCCGAGGAUCCGUACGGUGAUUUCCGGCGAUCGAUGGAGGAGAUGGUGACGAGUCACGGUGAGUUGGCUAAAGAUUGGGAGAGCUUGGAAUCGAUGCUCGCUUGGUAUUUGAGGAUGAAUGGGAGGAAGAGUCACGGCGUUAUCGUCAGUGCUUUUGUUGAUCUUCUCUCUGGACUCUCUGAUUCCGGCGCCGGAAUAACGUCGGCUUCGGUAUCGGAUUCGGCUCGUUAUUCAACCGCCGUUUCGUCUUUGCCGUCGUCGCCGGUUUAUUCGUUAUCUCAAGGUCAGACGGAGAUUCAAGAGGAAGAGAGACGGAGCUGUUAAAAAUAAAAAAAGGCUUAAGAUUCGGUUUUAAAUUUUUUAAUCUCCGGUUUUGUUUAGAUUAAUUAACCCUUUUUGGAUUUUGUAAAAAGUAAUUAGUGGUUAGAGGAAAAAGAACCAUUAAAUAUAUAUCAAAAAUAUUUUUAGAGCCAUUAUUGUUGAUUUAUGUGUAUAACAGUGCCUUUUGUCAUAACUCGAAAGUUACACUAUUUUUCCCCCAAAAUUCAUGAAACUCAGCGAAGUUUAUGCCAACAGAUUCAGAGAAAUUUUGUAUAACAGCCCCAUUUUAAAAGGAAAUAUACAUAAGAAUAAAUUCUGUG